AUGCCUCGGUCGAUCUUCGGGAAAUGCCGCGCUGCAUGCAUGUACAUGCGGAUGAUAUUCGCCGCUGUCUAUCUUUGCCUCUUUUCUACUCAAGCAAAGGAAGCAGAUGUAAUAUUCGUCGACCAAGUCUCUCAUUGUGUUCCAAUCUUGCGACUACUAUCCAAGGCGAAGAUCCUGUUCUACUGCCACUAUCCGGAUCAGCUCUUGUCGAAACCCGGCAGUGCGCUCAAAAGCUUGUACAGACUUCCAAUGGAUAAAUUUGAAGAAUAUUCGACUGGCCAAGCUCACAAGAUUCUUGUCAACUCUUCAUUCACUCUUCGAGUUUUUCGCGAAACAUUCAAGUCUCUGAAAGAUAUUCCAGUUGGAGUUCUAUAUCCAGCGCUGCAAACAAAAGUCUUCGCCAAGAAAGCAAGAAAGCCCAACCGCUUCACAAUCCCCUCUGACAAGCUUGUUAUUUCAUCAGUCAAUCGUUAUGAACGAAAAAAGGGGCUGAUCAUCGCAUUUGAAGCGCUGGCACUUGUUAGAAAGCAGUUUCCGGAGACGAAAAUUCAUUUUAUUCAUGGAGGGGGAUAUGAUCCUCAGAAUGACGAAAAUGUCGAGCAUUUUGAAGAACUUCAGAAAUCGGCUGGUAACCAUGGAUUCGUUGAAGGCCCAGAAGGCGACUAUCAACUUCUUCGUGACUUGUCAAAUGAAGACAAGCUUUUCCUUUUGCAAAAAUCAAAUGUAAACGUUUACACUCCAAUCGGCGAGCAUUUUGGAAUUGUUCCUCUCGAAGCCAUGGCUGCAGGAGUUCCUGUUAUUGCCAUGGCAUCUGGUGGGCCACUUGAGACUGUGAAGGAUGGGGAGACUGGUUUGCUUGUUCCUGAGCCUUUCGGAAAAAUUGAAAUGGCGAAGACGAUUUCAAAGUUUAUUGAAGAGUUCAACAAAACUGAAAGAUCAAGAGUUUGCGCCCAACAUGUCGCCGAUAAUUUCAGCUUCGAAGCAUUCACGAGUCAGUUAGACUCGAUUCUUACACAGCUUUGA